AAUUAUACACGCAAAGGUCACAAAUUACAUUUUUUAUCACAGUUAAAUCAUUUCCAAAAAUACUUACAUGCCCCCAGAACGAUCGGCAACACUAUCCGAAAGAUGAACAAGCACAAUAAAAAGUUUGCCAUCUUCAACUAAAUCUGGAAAAAAUGAUUCUGGUCAAAACCUGGACUUUUAAUUAACUUAAUAAAUUAACCUAAAUAUGAUUUGCAUGUCCUUUUUUUCAAAUCAGAUAGUCCACAUUCGUGUAAUUAAUUAACUUGAAGCGCGAAUACGCACGCGAGUGUCAAAAUGACAUGGGUCGCGUUUUUUUGACAAAAGAAAACAAAUGACCACAACGUGUGUGGGACCGGCUUACCUUAUUUGGUGGAAUUCCGGUGUCAAAAAAUAUAAGCAUGUCGAAAACACAACACAACGGCCUUCUGACACGAUUUCACAUUGUUUUUAAUUUUUUAUUUUGAGACGUGACGGAAUUUUGGGGUACGUCAAAACUCAAAACACCWCURAAUGCGAACAACCGACUGACAAAAAACAACAAAUGAAGGUAGAAAAAGAUAAUUGUGAUAAGAAAGAAAAAGAUAGGACAUGGGAAGCGCGCAGACGUGUCUGUUUUGGUGGUUGUCUAAAAUUCGGGUGAAAUAUAGGUAAAAUUGAUGUGAAAAUAUUUUUAUUAAACAAAUCGUUACAAAAGUUAUGUACAAGACGACAAAAUCAGAUCUACACAAUUAGUACGUUAUUAUUAUCAAGGAACAAAUCUAAGGGUCAACAAACGCAAUCAUGAUAUAUCUUAUCCCUUUUGUGACCUUCAACCCUUCAUGGUAGUGAGUGAGUCUCCCCGGGUGUAUUAACAACCAUCCGGGCUUGGUAUCAACAACGCUACAAUUGUAUCUAAUAAACCUACAACCUCCACCUUCAUAAUCAACCCCUCUUUUAUUCAAGGCUAUGUUGAUGGUGUAUGUCGAACUGUCAUGGUGUGGCCGUAGCGAGGGUUGUUCAUCUGGUUUAUACCGGACGACGAAGUUCAUUAAAGAUCGUGGUGGGUCAUGGAAAUAGCCGAGGAAAACAUGCUCUUGUAGAGGCCUCACAUACUUGCGAAGAAACUCCAACCAAUGCUUUUCCCAGCCGACUUGAUUCAUGUGGAUAUCUCGGGUAGGAACAGCUUCAUAGCCCCCAUCAAGUCGGGGGUCGCUGUUGCUACCAUCUGACCAUUUUCCGAAAUUUUCCAUCAUGUUGAUCAAACUGGUACAGAAGCGUUGCGACACGAUGGGGAACCAGUAGACGUCUGGGCAAGGCUAUUGCGAUUUUUAGUAACACAAAACGGAAGAUCGGAUACUCACCUGUAGACUUUUCUUCUCGGGGUUAAAGUUUUCAGGAUAGUCGGGAUGGAUGAACCUGGCUUCCCAAUCCUGUUCAUUGUCAAAAAUCUGGUACAUCUCCGGUUCGACUCGAGUGAUAUCGAAGGUUUCCGGAUUGACCAAGUGCCCGAAAUCGACUCGGUUUGAGACGUACAUGAACACAUCCAAGUCGCGCAAAUUUGCACAAAAGGCCAUAUCCGCGUCCCAAUUAUCCCGAUCAAAGUUCAACUUCGACCUAUCAAACUUCCUCAAAAGUGUCGCAUUGAUGGCAUAGCAGUUACCUAUGAAUGGGACGUUCCAUAACCCUCUGGAAGAAAACAAAGCGAUUAAGUCGUGUCCCCUUUAGUAAAUAAUGAUCCAAUUAUUGCGACGCGGUGGAUGCGAUUUUGGUCGUUAUCAGUGCAGAUUUUUACCGACUAUAGAGAUGCGAAAACUCAUCGUAGUGGUCUGUGUUUGCUUAUGUUUGGMGGCGUGUUGGGGAGCAAGGGGUGGCGGACGUGGAGGAAAACACGGGCGUGGGAGGGGCCGGAUUUUCAAUUCCAGGGUACCUCCCAUCAUCCAACACCGAAAUCCGGCUUCGGCUAGUUACUACGAGAAUAAGGACGGUGCCAAAAUCGUAAAAGCCAGUCAUUUCGAACUGGAGUACAUGCUAGGGCGGAAAAUCACGUUUUUCUGCAUGGCGCAGGGGUAUCCCCGACCUGAGAUCACAUGGUUCAAGGAUGGGAUCGAGUUGUACGCCCACAAGUUCUUCCAGGUACAUGAGUGGCCCCUUGGGAACGAUACGGUGAAAAGCAAAAUGGAGAUCGAUCCGACGACGCAAAAAGACGCGGGGUACUACGAAUGUCAGGCUAAUAAUAAGUACGCCAUUGAUACGAGAGGGUUUCGUACCGACUAUGUCAUGGUCACUUAUUGAACUGUAUGUCUAAAUAAAGGUAUUAGAAUGAA